AUGGCGACAUCUCGCAGCACAUGGGCAAGCUCGGCGCCUGCUCUGGCCCUUGCCGUGGUGCUGGCAAUGUUACCAGCAGCAGCACCUCAUCUGGAUCACUAUGACCCACCGGGUGGAUUCGGGGGAGGUGAAUCACCACCGGAUUACUCCGGCCGCUCGACGCCUCCCUCCUUUUUCGAUGCGCCUCCCCCCGAGUACGAGCCAAGAGCUGCGCCCCCCCCGCCGGUUUUCCUUGACAUUCGGUUGGUGGACUCCAGGGGCGUGCCGGCCAGUGGGCUGCAGCAGGGCAUUGUGCAGCUAUACAGUGAGCAGCUGUCGGAUUGGGGCGCCAUCUGCAUCAACCCCCGAGCGGCGCUCGAUAACAAAGAAAACUACAGAAACUUGGCGAAGCUGGUCUGCCGUCAGGUCAAGGUCAAAGUCAAGGUCAAGGUCAAUGUCCAGAUCUUCUCUAACCCCCGGCUCGGCCUGCCCCAGCGGUACGGCACCAUGGUCCCCGCCUCCGCAAUGAUCCAAGGGUCUGUGCCCGUCAUGCCUUUUGUGGCGAUAACCACCAUUAGCGUGAGCCCCUGUGAUAACGCCGCGACGGCGCAAACUGUUACGGACUGUAUGCUGCCGCCCCCGCCUUCCCCUCCGCCUCCGAACCCCUCCUGGGUGGCCCCGCUCAAGCUCACCACACGCCUGCUGGACCCCGUCACGGGAUUCACCUAUCCGGAGCUGUCCCAGGGCCGGCUGCAGGUGCUGCUCCCGGGGGCUGACCCGGAGGACGACAACAGCUGGGGCACCGUGUGCGGCGCUGACACCCAGCUGUCCUUGGCCCUGGCCCAGGGCGCCUAUUUUUACACGCCAUAUGAGCAGCAGCCCCUACCUGGAGAGGUGCCCGUGGCGCUGGUUACGGCUCGGGACUGUACUGUGGAGCAGGACGCGGUUUCGGGGCGCAUGCUGAGUUGCAGCAUAUUAGUAGGGCAGGAGUUUAAUUCCCAGCCGUUAUGGCCCUCCAGGGAACCCCCCGCGGAGCCAGCGUGGCCGUCGACGCCCCCCUCCAAUGAAGACCCCCAAAAGACGUACAACCAUGGCCUUGCCGUACUAGCCGACGAAGUACUUCCCAGCGUCUACGACCUGACCUUCACCGUUGCGCGAAACGGCCAGCCCAUCACGGGAACGGUUUGCAGCCGGAAUGACGACGCCAACGUCUACAUCUCCUGGCCGACCCGCACAACCCUGUGCAACAACAUUACGUCAGGCAUGCGGCCGUACGGCUUCCUGGCGCCGGCACCCUUGAGCAUGGACUUUCCCUUCCUGGAUCCGUUGCGCCGCACCAGACCCGUGCUGCUGAGUCGCUUUGACUGCAUGGACGGGCAUGGUAACGACCAGGACGGCCCUCUCCCGGAUCUCAGCUACUGCUGGGCAACCUUCGCCAAGCCGUACGGACGCGCGCUGUACGGAAAAUGCUGGUACUCCGGAUGGGCAUCCUCGCUGCUGGUUUGCACAGAUAAGGACUUCAACUAUGACCCGGAGGUGGUGAGCGUUCGGCUGGAGGGGGGUCCAUACCCGUGGGUCGGUCGGCUGGAGGUGCUGAUGCGAGACGACCUGCAUCGCGGCUGGGGCACUGUGUGCGACGACGGCUCCUUCACCUUGAAGCAGGCCCAGGCCGUCUGUCGUGACCUGGGCUUCGAUGCAGCCGCUGCUCAGGUCCUCCAGCCCUCCGCCGCCAACCCCGCCACUCCGGCACUCCCCGUGCUCAUGACGGAUCUAAACUGCCAGUUAAACGUCCUGGCGCAUGAAGGCCAGAAUACGGGACAAGACCCGCAGCUGUCCUUCAUCAGGGAUUGUACGCGCUCGUCCAAGUUCGUACCGGGUGACUGUCCUCCGGACCAGCACGUGGUGGUGUCGUGCGGGGCCACAGGGUUUCCAUCCAUGCCGCCGCCGCCGCCACCGCCGCCGCCGCCACCGCCCCGGCCUCCUCCCUGCCCGCGUUAA